GGAGUCCGGGCCCGCGAGUUCCGUGGAGGCGCGAACCGGGGGUUGCCGUGACCCGCCCCGGCCACACGAGCUCCCGCCGGCCCGGAAUCGGCCGCUUUUGUCCCGCCUAGGUGACGGGGGUCAUCGCGGGACGUUGGGCGCGCGCUGCCCGCUUGUCCCGGAGCCCGCGGCUAGCCCCCGACGGCUCAAGUGCUGGGGAUCAAACCCAGGGCCUCAUGUGCAUAAGGCUGCUGUGACCACCAGGUGGCCCCACCAUGUCCAGGCCCCAGACCCAGGAACAGGCAGUGGAUGCUGAAGGAGACUCAUCCCUGUACAGGAAUGACGAGGAGGGAACCCAGAGUUCCCACCGCAUGUUGGGCUUCAGUGAUGCACUGCUGUCCAUCAUCGCCACUGUCAUGAUCCUGCCUGUGACCCACACGGAGAUCUCACCAGAACAGCAGUUUGACAAAAGUAUACAGAAACUUCUAGCAACUAGGAUCGCUGUCUACUUGAUGACAUUUCUAAUCGUAACUGUGGCCUGGGCAGCACAUACCAGAUUGUUCCAGGUUGUUGGAAAAAUAGAUGAUACACUUGCCUUGCUCAACCUGGCCUGCAUGAUGACCAUCACUCUUCUACCCUACACAUUUUCUCUAAUGGUGACCUUCCCUGAUGUGCCCCUGGGCAUCUUCCUGUUCUGCAUGUGUGUGAUUGCCAUUGGAUCUGUGCAGGCACUGAUUGUGGGGUAUGCCUUCCAUUUCCCACACCUACUGAACCCACAGAUCCAGUAUUCUACGCACAGGGCCCUGUCCCGGCAGCACGUCUUGCGCCUUGUCCUGCGUGGUCCAGCCCUGUGCUUUGUUGCUGCUGUUUUCUCCCUCUUCUUCUUCCCCAUGUCAUACCUGCUGAUGGUGACCAUCAUCUUCCUCCCUCACAUCAGCAAGGCCAUCAGCUGGUGCAAAGACAAGUUCAUGGGCCCCAGGGAGCCUCCAGCUCACAGUGUGGAGUCCUUCAAUAUUGACCUGCAUGCACCCCUCAGCAAGGAGCGGGUAGAAGCCUUCAGUGACGGUGUCUAUGCUAUCGUGGCCACACUUCUUAUCCUGGACAUCUGGCUGUUAGACAAAUGCCAUCUGUUCAUGCUUCCCAGUGAGGACAAUGUUCCAGAUCCCAAGGAUGUGCAGGAGAAGUUCAGCGGCAGCCUCGUGACUGCCUUGGGUGCAUAUGGGCCACAAUUCCUGGCGUACUUCGGCUCCUUCGCCACAGUGGGUCUACUCUGGUUUGCCCACCAUUCACUCUUCCUGCAUGUCCGGAAGGCCACACAGACCAUGGGGUUGCUCAACAUACUCUCACUGGCCUUUGUGGGUGGCCUCCCUCUGGCCUACCAGCAGACUUCUGCCUUCGCCCGGCAACCCCGUGAUGAACUUGAGCGAGUUCGUGUCAGCUGUGCCAUCAUCUUCUUUGCCAGCAUCUUCCAGUUUGCCAUCUGGACUGCGGCCCUGCUCCACCAGGCAGAGACACUGCAGCCAGCCGUACGAUUUGGUGGGCGGGAGCAUGCCUUCAUGUUCGCCAAGCUUGCGUUGUACCCCUGUGCCAGCCUGCUAGCCUUUGCUGCCACCUGUCUGCUGAGCCGGUUCAGCACUGCCAUCUUCCACCUGAUGCAGAUCGCGGUGCCCUUCGCCUUUCUGCUGCUGCGCCUCCUCGUGCGCCUUGCCCUGGCAACCCUACAAGUCCUGUGGGGCCUCCGGCCAUGGCACCCCCAGCCGUGCCUGGUUGAGCCAGAGGCACAGUCCCAGCUCCUGCCUGCCCCCUGCUAGCACCAAGGAAGCCACACCUGUCCAUCCCAGGCAGACUGGAAAGGGUUCCCUGAAGAUGGCCCAGCAGAGGAUGGUUGUGGCCCUACAGCUAUGGUUUCAUUGGCCUGGGUAUUGUUUCCAUUGUGAAAUAUAAAGAUCUACUUCAAAAGUA